AUGAAGAUGUUCACAGAGUGGAAUCCUGUCAAAGGGUAUAUAAUCAUGGAAUACCUUGAGAACCUGAAGGCAGUGCAUCUAUAUGAAACCGUUACGCCACAAGAAGUGAAGCAGGUUUUGAGAUUCUUCGACAAAGCCGCAAUGGAAGCGAGCUCACUCGACGUGCCCUCAGAAGAGCGAAAUGAGUACAUAUCACCUUUCAAAACCAUCUUCGCAGCGGUAUUCAACGAAGAGAUGGUGGAUCGACUGCUGACAGUGUUUUCCACAUUUGAAGGCGGCAAAUUUAAGGAGAGUGGGAAGCAUCUCAAGGAAAUUUUCCCGGAUUUGGUAGAUGUUGAACGGGUGGAAAAUAUGAGUCAUGAGCUCCGGAAUGGAAGAAGUUUUAUGUCACGGCGAUUUAUGGUCCAUGAACGUUUUGUGGAGACAAAAAGGAGAUGCUCUCAACAUGGCCGCUGUUGUGGACUAUCAGGUAGCAGUUCUGAUUCUUGCAAGGCAAACGGCCCACUUUGGCUGCGCAGCAACCGAUCUUGUGCGGGUGCUUUGUGCCUGUCUCAAGCGGCAAGGAUCGGACAGGCUCACUGGGAAGAACUUUUAGAAGAGUUUUACGGAUAUCUCAGAGAAGAAGUGGGUAACAGGAAGAUGCCAUAUACCCUCGAGCAGCUCAAAGAAGCCUAUCGUCAGUAUUUCCCCAUGGGUGCUUUCAUGAUUGUGCCCAUGGUAGGACCUUUUUUCGAGAUGGUGUGUAAAUCAACUGAUGAGGAGAUCAAGAAGAAGCGUAUGCAAGUUGUUAUGGAAAAAACUGAGCGUGUGCUUGACGAUAUGUUUAGUCUUCACGAAAGGAACAUGAAACUCCGAAAAAGAGAAAAAGGAGCCAAGAAGUAA